UUUGGUGAUCAAAGAGACUGGGAACCAUGUUGAAGGUCAAGAUCUGCCGCGCCGAGAACCUCAAAUACAUAUGGCGCGGGACUCCGUUCCGACCGCGUGCCACCGCUUACGUAGACCGCAAUAAAAAAUUCUCAACCAAGGUCGACGAAAAGAGGGACAGAUGCCCCAUCUGGGACGAGACUCUGAAAAUCCCCUUGGACGGACCCAUCGACGAUGAUACCACCCUCUGCGUUGUCAUCUUCGACGCUCGCGAAAGGGGGGCCAAGAAGCGAAUUGGCUCUGCAAGUCUCAAACUGAAGGAAGUAAUAAACGAGGUUGGAUACGAUCACCUUGCCAAACGAACUCUGAAAUUGAAGCGGAUCUUUGGCAGGUCCCGCGGGGAGGUGGUUGUUGAGCUCUUACAUACAAGAUAGUUUAUGGCCUG